AAUACCCUUCAUGACACUCAUCUUUCAAGAUUUCCAUUGGAAAAGUUAUGUGAACAAUCAAAAUUUCCAGUCAAAAAACAGGGAUGUAUUAUGACUCACCAACCCGGCCUUUCGGUAGGAGGAUGUACAUGUGCAGAUGAAACUGGAGGCUGUGGUCAUGGAGAAAGUUGCUGUGCCUGUGAUGCAGGUGCAGGUGGAAAAGUAGAUGGUAAAAGUCACGCAACUCCUUCUGGAGGAGGAGGAGGAGGAGGAGGAGGAGGGGGCGGUGGUGGUAGCUGUGGGGAGAAGAAAAACUCGUCGUGUGUCAGACCAGAACCACCGUUUUGCACCGAAAAAGUUCGUAAGAUUCUGAAAAAAGUGUUAUUGGAACUCCUCGAUAAUAAUUAUGGCGAUAUUCUGUGUGACAAUUUAUCACAAAAGGCUGUGAGUUGCGUGAGGAGGCAGGUUAAAGAGCUCAGGUUCGAUCCCAGAUAUAAAUACGUUUGUUUCAUCACUGUAUCCGAGAGAGGCCAGCAUAAUCUUCCUGUCGUGACAAGAACACUGUGGGAUCCAGAUUCAGACGCUUGUGCUUGUUUUAGUCAUAGAACUUGUGCCACAAUGGCUAUAAUACAAUGUUUUGGUGUAAUAUGUGAAAAAUGUGCCAAACCAUGUGGAAAAUAAUGUAAUGUUCUCUAUAAUAAAUAAUUAUGUACAGUC